AGGUGAAAUAGAAAAGAGAGAUAUAUAAAGGUUCAUACAAUAAAGACAGAUUUGGAGCUUAAAGAUAAAUCCAAGAUGGCAGCAAAGAGUAUCUGUCUUAUCCUGAUUUUUGGUGUUGGACUGGCACUGUCACAGACAGUUCAAGACUACUGGUGUAAAUACAUGAGUAGUGCAAACGCUGCCCAAUGUGUAUAUGGAACCAGUUGUCCAUCUGGUUACACGGUCAGUCCCUAUGGAAACAAUCAGCUAGCAUGUUUUUCCAACAACAAUUCGCCAUAUACAUGUUGUGUACCAAAUUCCGAACCAACUACUACUCCAGCGCCCCCAGUGCCACCAACCAGCACCGCCGAAUGUGGAACCAUGACGAAGAUUAGUAAACUCAUCAACGGUGAGGCCAGCAUCAGAUGUCAAUGGCCCUGGCUGGUGUCUAUCAGAGGACGGCAACUAGACACAACUGGCACCGUAAGCGUGGAUAAUACAGUUUCACAGUGUGCCGGUGUCUUGAUCGAUGAUAGAUGGGUUAUUACUACAGCGUUCUGUGUUUUUCUGGCUGGUUUUAACGUAAAUGCGAACGUCAGAAAUAACAUUUUAAUCGUUGCUGGUGAAUACAAUACAUCAAAAACUGACGUAGAUUACCUCGGCAGAGCACAAGAACAAGAAAUGCGGGUCGUUGAUUAUUUUAUACACCCUAGUUAUCCAUUGCGUGACAGUACUUCGUUUAUUGAUAUCGCCACUUUCGCCGAUAAACAACUUCUUACUGGAGGAAAUGUUGCUUUACUGAAAUUGGCCAGUCCCGUUACGUACACGGAAUGCAUCAAGAAAGCGUGUUAUGCUAGAGAUGUGGGAGCUAGUACAAACUGUGGCAAUGAUGAAUGUUAUGUCGCAGGUUGGGGCUUAACACAGUCUUCAGGUUUGUCAGAUGUACCUCUUCAAGCUAGGGUUGAAACUUAUCGAACGGAAGCUUGCGAAAGCAUUGCUCGUUAUAGUGGAAAUUCCCUCUAUCAGACUCAACCAGCUACCUUCUGUGCAUCAGCUUUACGUAGUGGGACCACUCCUUGUUUGGGUGAUAACGGUGGUAUGGUUAUUUGUAACCAGAGAGGAAGGUAUGCUCUCCAUGGUUUGGUUGCCAAACCCCAGUUAGAGUGUGACGACGACAAACCUUUUAUUGCAUCUGAUGUAACUGUUGUUCAAGAUUGGAUUGAUAGUACCAUUGCUUUGAAUUAAAUCCUCUUCAAUGCACACCCAACAGUAUCGAAAACUUGAUUUCUGUAAUAUUCAACAGGUUUUUGAUGUAACAUCGACAAAGGCCUUUUUAAUAGACCAAAAAUGUAAUUUUUUUAAAAAAAAUACAUGUAUUGUACAAAUAUGGUUAUCCAUAAUAUUUUUAAAAUAUUUUUUCCACAAAAAAAUUUGAAAGAUGUCUUUUAGUAACAUAAUAUUUUAUAUAAUUAAACCAUUUUGGUAAUUCUAGACUUACACGACGCUAUAUAAUUUAUUUUCUUGCCAUUUCAAGGAUCUUGUAAACGCUUUUUAACAUACUCUUGCCGUUAUAUUGUAUACAUAUACAUAUUGUUACCUGAAAUUGAUUUCUAGGAUGUUUCAUUAACAUAAGAGUUUUAAUUAUUUUUGUAAAUAAACUGUGUUCUUUGUC